AUGUCGUUUCUUCCAAAGUUUGCAUCCCUACUCCACCGAUUACGUAGAGAUAUAAAAUGGGGGGAGUUAAUAGGAUAUAGCCCAGAAAUACCUAUAUCCUUCCCAAAUAUACCAAACCAGCGUGUUGCAAGGUCGCUUGAAGUUACCCACCCCACACGUCUCGAAGUUGCUCUUUUACAUACCAAACUGGCAUGGAAAACUGAAAAGAAAGGAAAGAACGAAGAGAAGGUGCUUCGUUUUGAAAAUGUGGUGUUGAAGGAGAGGGUGUCUGAGUGUGAAGGUGAUGUGUUGUUUCUUAAAACUGUUGUAGCAGAGAAGAGAACAUUGGAGGAUUAUGUAUCAAGCCUUGAACGGGAUAAGAUUUCCUUAGGGGCUACAAUUAGUCAAUUGAAGCAAGAGAAUGAGGGAUUAAGUAUCCAAUUGGAAAUCUUGGAGAGGGAUCUAUUGGUGAAGGAAAAGAUCAUGGAGGAGUGUUCGACGGUGAGUCCAGAGUUCGGUUAUGGGGUGGAUAAGUUCCAAGAUGCAUGUGUAGCUGCUGGUAAGGCAUUGGGAAUGCAAGAGGAAAAGGAAUUGGUUUGUGCUAGUUGUCAGUUAAAGGGUAUGAUAGAUGAUGUUGUUGAUUAUCAAUCGGCCGCUGAGGAGGUGUUGGAUGCUUUCGAUUCUUUUGCUUAUAUGUCUGUUUUGGAAUUGGACAAAUUGGAUGCAGGGAAGCUAAGGCAGAUGGUGCAGUCUCGUGUUGGGACCGGUUCUUCUUAA